AUGAAACGUACGGCGCGAGGAGAACUAAAAAGUGAAGAACCCAUAGAAGAACAUGAUAGUGGGUUUAUAGGUCCCAUGACAUUAUUUGAUACAUUUCCCUAUAAUGAUACUUUUGAAGAAACAAGGGAAUUAAAUAUAGUGUGUAGUCCGCCGACUGCAACAGCUGAAACUUAUACUUUCAUACAUAAUCGACAGGAUUAUGGUGUGAUUAGAACUGAGGAUAUUUUUCUUAAGGCGAAUAUUAAACUAAAAACGGGUAAUGCAUAUGUAGCUAACGACCGUGAAGUCUCUUUAAAUAUGGCACCAUUACGAUUUGGUUGGAAAUCCGAAGAAGUUUAUAUAAAUAAUCAAUUGGUGUCUGUACAAAGUAGUAAAGAAAAUGAAUUAGCCUAUUUUCAUUGGUUAUUAACAGCUGUACCCUCUAACUACAAAGACGAAGAAAAAAUUACAUUUAUGAUCCGUGAUACACCCGGACAUUUUGAUGACAUUGACGGGAUAGCGGACGGUACCGGUGUUAAUAAUUUGGGGAUGAGAAAAAGAAAACUUCUAUGUACGCAUAAUACACCGUUUGAAUGUAUAGAUCGUAUUGAUUUAUUGGGGUAUAAUAAACGUUUUAUACCCAUAUCGCUUGAUUUUAAAAUUGUAUUAACAAGAUUAGAAAAAACGAAAUUACUACUAGGUGAUGCUACUUACUGCGCAGCAGCUGAAAUACCCAUCAUAAAACCCAACGCUCAAUUAUCUGCAGCAAUUAAUGAAUUAAUGAUUCAAAAAGGGGAAGAAUGUCGAUUUUAUAGAACAACCCAUCGUUAUGUAGCAUUCCCCAUCCCAGUAGGGGCUCGUGUUAUCACACAUCGAAAUAUAUUUAACGGUUCAAGACCUGGACGUACCGUAACAAAAAUUGUCCCACAGACUGUUUAUAACGGUGCGCAUACUUUAAACCCUUUUAAGAUACCUUAUCCAACGAUUACUUACCACGCUAUCAGUGUAAAUGAAGCAAUAGUCCCACCCGUUUAUCGCACUUCAAAAGAAUCAUAUAUGACCCUACGUCAAAUUUUAGAUCGACGCUAUAGUGAAAUGCCAUUUACGUAUGAUGAAUAUGUAUCCGAUUACGGUAUUAUCGUUAAUGAUUUAUCGCCCAAUAAAGAUGGGUUUGAUCAAGUUUUACCUAAUGUUACAAGUGGUAAUGUUAGUAUUGAAGUUCAUUUUCGUGUAGACACCACCACUGCUCAACAAUUAAUAAUUAUGGGAGAAUUUAGAAAUCAAUUAAGUGUGGAUUAUAUGACAGCUGCACGUAACAAAGUUGAUGUAUAA